AUGCCCGAUGAGAAGGCGAUUGAUACUUGUGCCGAAGGCAACCUGAAGUGGACUCGGAAGAAAAUGAGCAAAUCCGAAUUUCACCGUGCCGAUGAGCGGCGCUUCCUCGACGAGCGUGGCUCCUCGGGCCCGCUCGCGCCCAACGGCCUCAACCCUGCCACUAUAAUGGAAAAGGCGGUUCGCGAACGCAUCAUCGACAGUUACUUUUACAAGGAGCAGUGUUUCGGUGUCAACGAAGCCGACAUUGUGGACCGCGUUGUCGAGCACGUCGACUUCAUCGGCGGCGUCUACGGCACCGUCCAGAAACCCUCGCCCUUCCUCUGCCUCGCCUUCAAGUUGCUGCAGCUCGCGCCCUCCGACGACAUCCUAAACGAGUAUCUACAAUUUGGCGGUGAAAAGUUCAAGUACCUGCGCGCGCUGGCACUGUUUUAUAUCCGUCUGACGAGGAAGGACCAGGACGUGUACAAGACGCUGGAGCCGUUUCUGGAAGACAGGCGGAAACUGAGGAGGAAGGGGAGAAACGGGACCAGUCUGACGUAUGUGGAUGUUUUUGUCGACGACCUGUUGACGAAAGAUCGCGUUUGCGCAACGAGUCUGUGGAAGAUGCGGAAGAGGGACAUCCUGGAAGAUCUGGACAUACUCGAACCGCGCGUCAGUCCGUUGGGCAACAUCGAAGAUCUCUUAGAAGAGGAGGAUGAGGAAAUGCGCAAAGCAGAGGAGGAGCAGAAUAAUAACGGCAGCGAAAGCGAGGGAGAGGUCCAGGUCGAGGUCGAGAUCUUAUUCCCGGUCCCGAUCACCGGUCAGGAGGAGAAGCUCACGGACGAGAUCGAGAUCGAGAUCAAGGACACCGGAAGACCGCAAUGA